CCCCGCGCCCCCCCGAUGGCGCCGCCCGACGACCCCGCGCCGCUGCGCGAGGCGCUCCUCCCCGCGCGAGGAGCUCCGAGAGACGACGACGUCGUCGACGAGGAGGCGUGCGUCGCGUGAGGCGCGUCCGAGGACGCCGAUCUCGAGCUCGCGCGCGGCGUCGCGGUCGCGUCGUCCGCCCGAGAAGACGACGAGGGCGGAUCCGAAGACGCCGAAACGAAGACGACGCUCGCGGCGUCCGUCGCGGCGCUUCUCGUCUCCCUCCCCGCGCUCGUCGGAUCCUGAUGCUGGCCUCUCCUCCUCGCGUCGCUCGUCGGCGUCGGCGCGAGCGAGGCGUCGAAGAGGCUGUCGCACUCCGUCUCGUUCGCGGUGACGCUCGCGGUGCUCACGAACCUGACGCAGGCGCGUUCUCCUUCACACUGGUCCCCAUACGACCGCGUCAGCGUGGUGAACGCCGUUCCUUAAGGACUUUUGUUCCCGGCGUGUCUCUCCGCCCAGGGUCCCUCGCGUUCAAUCCCGACACACCUCGACGCCUUUCAACUCCCAAGUCUGACGCCUUUGAACUCCACCCCGACUUCGCUUCGUAUGGACCCUCGACCCUCGCGCAGGCGCUCCACUGGAAGUCGUCGCGACGCCGCGGAUUCCGCCGUCGCGGCCCGAUCGCGCUCGCCGCGGCGUCGAUACCACUCGUGAUGCUGGACCUCACCCGGCACGUGUUGCAGGACGGCGGAGUGAUAUCGGACGUCGGGAUGUACCGCGCGGGGUGCGCGCACGCGGACGUUCGGUGUCUGAGCGUCGUCGGCGCCGCGUGCGCGACGGCGACGUAUCUCGGGUUCGCGUGCUUACUCGCGGGGACGCUUUGGGACGCGGGGGCGGUGACGAACGCGAGGCGUGCGUUACGGGAGCAUCGCCACCGCGAAUAAAUCACAUCACGCGCGAGCGUCGCGCACGUGACGCGCGUCGCGGAAAGCGCCCCACGGGGGCGCCGCGACGCGUCGAGAUCGCGAACGCUCGAGCGUUGAUGACUCCGUUGUACAACAUCGCUGUAAUAAUUUUCAUCUAUACC